GCCUCCACCUUCCUGCCGCCGCCUCGCCCCGACUUGGUCCUCGCCCUCGCUCGCGCGCUCCGCCCUCGCAGCUGUCUGCGCUCGGCCUCCCGCGCCCGGCGGGCUCCGCCGAGCCUCCGGGGCCCAUGGCCAAGCGGCGUGCGGCCGAGCCGCUGACGUUCCACGUGCCUUGGAAGCGGCUCGUGCUCUGCGACUUUCCGGAGGAGCCGCCGCCGGCGCCCUGGAUCCCGCGGCCGGGGGCCUCGCAUCCCGGGCAGCCUCUCGGCGUCCCGGAGCUGCCCCGAAAGCGCAGAAUCGACGCGGGGGCGAUGACGGAGCCUCUGUCUUCGCCCAGCAAGCGCCGCGACGGCGGGGACACGCGCGCUCCGGGCGGCGCGGAGCUUGAGGGCCGCGGCCUCGAGACGGGCGAGCCGCCGCUGUUGCAGCCGCCCGUGCGGCCCGGCGGGCCGGGGGAGGAGCCCGGGCGCGCCCGGCCCCCGAGGGGCAGUGGCGACGGCGGGGCGGGGCGAGCAGAGCCCCCGCGGGAAGACUGGGGGGCCGCAGCGGGCCAGCUCGAUGAAGACUUUUGGCAGUAUAACACCUUCCAGUACUGGAGGAAUCCUUUACCACCUGUUGAUCUGGCAGACAUUGAAGAUGUAAGUGAAGACAGCCUUACAGAAGCAGUGCUUCAGGGCAAGAAUGAAGUGGUUGAGAUUGACAUGGAGUCCUGACAGAAGGAGCUGAAGAAAAGAGUUUUUCUGAAUUUGAGGAGACAUUUUCUAAGUGAAUUUAUGUAUUCUUAAGGAAAAAAGUUAUUUUCCAUACUUAAUGUGAUAUCAUUCCCACACCUGAAAAAUGAGGAAAAGUUGUUUCAGAGAUAAAUGCCUGCAGUCACUGCUGACCCUCCUAACAGGGAUUUGUCAAGGAUGUCGUGCAGUUAUAGGGGAAGUAUUUUAUCUAUACAUUCUUAAAGAAAAACUUAUGUUUAGCUUCUAAAUUUGAAGAUAUUGAUCUUAUAAAAAAAGAGUUCUGACAGUUUUAGAAAUAGGUGGGAAACACUCAAAUAUUUCUCUCGUCUGCACCAAAAUGUUAAUUAGUGGUACAUUAAAUGAAUAUUGUUUUAUAAUAACUGUUAUUAAUAAGUGCUUUCUAAUAUAUUUUAUUGACUCUUCUUAGUUGAACAAAUAGCUGACUUAAACAUCUAUGCAAACUUAAAAGGUGGGAGAUUCUUUUUGAAAGCCAGUAGUGUUUUAAAAGAGCUUUCUAAAUGUAAAGUAGUGAGAAUUUCAUUUUGGGUAGCAUGUUUGCAUAACUCCCAAUGCUUGAUGUUUGUUAAACUCUAAACUCUAUUUUGGGCAAUCAAAAAUGGAUAAAGACCAAUGAGAAAGAGUAGGUUCUUCCCUCCUCCUUUUCCCAGGGUAAAAGGAAAGACAUUUAUCAUAUUUCUUUUUUUAAUUUCUUGGUUUUGAAUUGCUUUGAGGGCAUGAUAUUUGUUGCUUAUUACUUUAGACUUGUAGUUCUCAACACUGACCACAGUUCAGAAAUCUUUGCCUGGGCACUACUCUUGAGAGAUUCUCAUUUAUAAUUGUUCUUAGGUGGGCCUUGGACCUAUUUUUUUAAGCACCAGUCCAUGUCUCUCCCCCCAUUUCCUCAAAUGUGUAGAAAAGUUUGAGAACCACUAGACUAAUAAUGGUAGUUUUUCCUGUUUAAAGGAGAUGACUAAUUUGAGCUGAAGCUUUGUUUUUAUUUUGCUUUGUUGAUGUCUUUGUUACAACUAAAUUAUUGUGUUAUUACUAUUUCAUUGUUAAAUAAAGUAAGCAGUUUGAGUUA